AAAGCGGGGAGGGAGAUGGGGCUCAAGUCGCGAAAGGCGGCGGCGGCGGCGGGGGCGGUUGGCGGCGGCGGCGGUGGCAGCAGCGGCGGCGGGGGCGGCAGCAGCCCAGGCGGCAGCGGGGGCGGUAACUCUGGCGGGAAGGAUGUGGAGGACAAGCGAACGGGGCUGGGGACGGCCGGGGACGUGGAGCAGGGUACCUUGGCCCUAGGAGCCGGAGCUGACAAAGACGGGACCUUGCUGCUAGAAGGGGCGGGCAAGGAGGAGGGCAGCAGGAGGACCCCGCAAGGGAUUGGUCUCCUGGCUAAGACCCCUCUGAGCCGGCCGGUCAAGAGGAACAACGCCAAGUACCGGAGGAUCCAAACUUUGAUCUACGACGCCCUGGAGAGACCGCGGGGCUGGGCGCUGCUGUAUCACGCCUUAGUGUUUCUAAUCGUUCUGGGGUGCUUAAUCUUGGCAGUACUGACCACAUUCAAGGAAUACGAGACUGUUUCGGGAGAUUGGCUGCUAUUGUUGGAAACAUUUGCUAUUUUCAUCUUUGGAGCCGAGUUUGCUUUGAGGAUCUGGGCUGCAGGAUGUUGCUGCAGGUACAAAGGAUGGAGGGGGAGACUGAAGUUUGCAAGGAAGCCCUUGUGCAUGCUCGACAUCUUCGUGCUGAUUGCCUCAGUGCCAGUGGUCGCUGUUGGAAACCAAGGCAAUGUUCUUGCCACCUCGCUCCGGAGUUUACGGUUCCUACAGAUUUUGCGCAUGCUCCGCAUGGACAGAAGGGGUGGUACCUGGAAACUCUUGGGUUCUGCAAUUUGUGCCCACAGCAAAGAACUCAUCACCGCCUGGUAUAUCGGGUUCCUGACGUUGAUCCUUUCCUCAUUUCUUGUCUACCUGGUGGAGAAAGAUGUGCCUGAGAUUGACGCUCAAGGAAUGGAGACGAAAGAAGAGUUUGAGACCUAUGCAGACGCGCUGUGGUGGGGCCUGAUUACCCUGGCAACCAUUGGUUAUGGAGACAAGACCCCCAAAACUUGGGAAGGCCGUCUGAUUGCAGCCACCUUUUCUCUAAUUGGAGUCUCAUUUUUUGCUCUUCCAGCUGGAAUUCUUGGAUCAGGGCUGGCUCUCAAGGUACAAGAACAACAUCGACAGAAACAUUUUGAGAAAAGAAGGAAACCAGCAGCUGAACUCAUACAGGCUGCCUGGAGGUAUUACGCGACUAAUCCCAACAGGAUUGAUCUCGUAGCUACCUGGAGAUUUUAUGAAUCCAUCGUUUCUUUUCCAUAUUUCAGAAAAGAACAGUUGGAGGCAGCGGCCAGCCAAAAGCUGGGUCUCUUGGAUCGGGUUCGACUUUCUAAUCCUCGUGGUACCAAUACUAAAGGAAAGCUAUUUACCCCUCUGAAUGUAGAUGCCAUAGAAGAAAGUCCUUCUAAAGAGCCAAAAAAUGUUGGCUUGAACAAUAAGGAACGUUUUCGGACUGCAUUCCGAAUGAAAGCAUACGCCUUUUGGCAGAGCUCUGAAGAUGCCGGGACCGGAGAACCCAUGACUGAAGAACGGGGCUACAGUAAUGAAUUCCUCAUAGAAGACAUGAUCCCCACACUCAAGUCGGUCAUCAGGGCAGUCAGAAUACUGCAAUUCCGUCUCUACAAAAAAAAGUUCAAGGAGACUUUGAGGCCUUAUGACGUAAAGGAUGUUAUCGAACAGUAUUCUGCAGGACAUCUGGAUAUGCUUUCCAGAAUAAAGUAUCUUCAGACAAGAGUAGAUAUGAUCUUCACCCCUGGACCUCCGUCUACUCCAAAACACAAGAAAUCCCAACGAGGCGGAGCUUUCACCUAUCCUUCCCAGCAGUCUCCAAGAAACGAUCCGUAUGUAGCCAAAGCACCCUCAUCCGAAAUUGAAGACCAAAGCAUGAUGGGGAAAUUCGUCAAAGUCGAAAGACAGGUUCAUGACAUGGGGAAGAAACUGGAUUUUCUUGUUGAUAUGCACAUGCAGCACAUGGAACAGCUCCAAGUACAAGUUACAGAAUACUACCCAACCAAAAAGGCCACUGCUACCCCAGUAGAGGUGGAGAAGAAAGAGAACAAGUAUUCUGAAUUGAAAACCAUUAUCUACAACUAUUCUGAACCCUGCACCCAUGAAACCCCCUACAGCUUCCACCAGGUUCCUGUCAACAAAGUCAGCCCCUAUGCUUUCUUUGCACAUGACCCAGUGAGCUUGCCUCGAGGUGGAGGAGGAGGAGGAGGACCGCCAUCAGAGAGGGAGAAACUCCCCAGGACUCUCCCCUCCUCUGUCCCCUAUGCAGAAAGACCCACUGUCUUGCCUAUCCUCACUCUCCUAGACUCUCGGGUGAGCUACCACUCCCAAGCUGAGCUACACAGCCCCUACCAGGAACAAAUCUCACCCCGGCAGAGACGGAGCUUCACCAGGGACAGUGAUACACCAUUGUCCCUUCUCUCUGUCAACCAUGAAGAACUAGAACGCUCACCCAGUGGCUUCAGCAUCUCCCAGGACAGAGACGAUUACCUUUUUGGCCCAAAUGGGGGCUCGAGCUGGAUGAGAGAGAAACGUUAUCUGGCCGAGGGAGAGACCGACACAGACACAGACCCCUUUACCCCGAGUGGUUCUAUGCCUUUGUCUUCAACAGGGGAUGGGAUUUCGGAUUCCAUAUGGACUCCUUCCAACAAGCCAGUUUAA